AUGGAGACAUGGAUUCCUUACAAAUGGCCUUUAGCGCUUGAUAUCCUCAAACGGCAAUAUGAUGCAUUGCCAGACCAGCGACUACUGUUAUUUCAAUCCCAGUACUUUGACAGGAUCGGACCUAACAUGACAUUUAAGCUGUUUGGAAACCAGGGCUAUCUCACUGCGGACCCGAAGAACGUGGAAUCUAUACUCUCAACGAAUUUUGAAGAUUGGUGUCUUGGCUCCCGGCGACCUGGUCUUAUGCCUAUGCUAGGUGAAGGCAUUUUCACGCAAGAUGGUCGUCCAUGGAAACAUUCGAGGGAGUUACUUCGCCGCCAAUUCGUACGGAUCCACCGGCAGGAUUCCAAGAUUUUCGAUGAACACGUGGAAAACUUGGUUUCCAAUCUCCGCUCUGCAAAUGGCGUGGUGGAUUUACAACCUCAUCUCCUGCGCUUUACUCUAGCCACGACAACAGCGCUCAUCUUCGGAGAACCAGUCGUUGCCUUGCCAGGAGAAGAGACCGAUACCUUUGAGAAGGCCUUUGACUAUUCCAGCUAUAUCAGUGCGAUCAGACUUCGCCUUGCUGAUUUGGAAUGGAUAUACAAGCCCGCUAAAUUCAGGAAAGCUUGUGCCGUCGUGAAAGAAUAUGCGUCUCACUUCGUACAGCUUGCCCUCGACGAUAUGGAGAAAAAUGGCGAGGAAGCAGCGUCCGAGAGGCACGCGUUCAUCCUGGAACUCUACAAGGAGAUGCAGGACCCGGUUCUCGUGAGAGACCAAUUGGUCCAUGUACUUAUUGCUGGAAGGGACACGACGGCAUGUCUAAUGUCAUGGGCAUUUUUCCUUCUCGUGCGACAUCCCGAAGCUCUCGCGAAACUUCGCAACGAGAUACAACUUGUCACCGGAGGAUCGCGUGAUCUGAGCCGGGCAAAAAUUAGCAAGAUGACUUAUCUCCGAUGUGUCAUCAAUGAAACUCAACGACUAUACCCGCAACUUCCAGUGAACGUCCGCGUAGCUGCUAAAACGACAUUUCUCCCGAGCGGAGGUGGCCCCAAUGGCAAAUCCCCGGUCCUAAUACCCAAAAACACGGGAGUUGGGUAUUCAGUAUAUCACAUGCACAGACUAAAGAGUGUAUACGGUGAAGACGCGAACAGUUUCCGUCCGGAGAGAUGGCUGGGUUCGGAGUUAGAUGGUAUUGGUUGGGGAUUCAUGCCUUUCCAUGGGGGGCCGAGGAUAUGUCUAGGCAAGGAAUUUGCACUGACAGAGGCUUCGCAUGCAAUUAUACGAAUCAUUCAAACAUUCCCCGAGCUCAGGUUACCACCUGAAACACCUAUUGUUCCACCUGGUGAGGAGAAGCAAGCUUUGACAAUUGUGGUCAUGAGUGCAGAAGGAUGUAAAGUUUUGUUGGAGUGA